AUGCCGCCUUUUUGGCUGGCUGGGAUCAAGCUGGUUGGUGCGCCGUGCACUGGGAUUCCAACGGAUCUUGCCAACACCCCAUCUUCACAUCCCCAAUUCACCACACAAAUGGUGCUUCGCGGUCUCGACGGUUCGCCAACACCCUUCUCGAACCCCCCACUUUGCGAUGCACUCGGGAACCCAACUCUGAUCUCGCCAUCCGCAUCGUGA